GUUAAGGAGUAUGUAAUUCCGAAAAGAUUUGGCAUCGUCGCCUAUGUUUGUAUUAUUUUACACUUUAAUGCUGGGUUGUUGAUUUUUGGUGCUACGACGGAAUUAUGGGUGCGCGAAGGCCGGAAAUUUACUUGUUCUUUCGGCCAUAAAACUACGGAAGCCUACCAGAAGCAGGUCGUGCAGACGUGUUUAUCAAAAUAUCGCACAGCUUACAACUCUCCUUUACCACUCUACCAAUUUGUCUCGUUGAGUUUUGGUUGCGCGGUUAUUUUGAGUUUAGUCUACUCGCUGAUUGUUCAGAGACGGGUCAAUGAAAUAGAAACAAACCUGAAACAAACUGGUGAUGAAGAUUUGGAUGAAGACGUACGACAGCACUGGGAGACUGUUUACAUUUUCUUCUUUUAUUUCAACCACCUCUUUCUGCUUUCAAUUUUUGGGAUUAUUCUAACGAUCUUGCAACACACAUAUUUUUUUCCCAAUGCCAUUAGUUUUAAGUCGAAGUACACAUGUAUUUUACCACCCUUUUAUGCGCAGGAUAUCAAGGCUGGGCAACACGUUAACAUCAGUUCACUUCUUAUUCAAUGCGAGAACCCGACUUCAUUCGAGAGAUGGAUUUGGGGCAUAUUGGUUUCCAUAGUAAACCUGAUGUUCUCUUUUGUCCUGCUUGGGGAAGUAUUUUAUCUUUGCCAACGUUGGAAAAUCUUUCAAUUUCAUCGUACGGUGGCUUGGGAUUCUGAUGAAGGAUUUGUGAUCGACUACUUUUUGCGCAAGCCAUAUAUAUCUUGCGAGAAAGGUAUCGAAAUAUACAAGAAAUCAGUCUUGAACCGCGAGAAGAGGACAGGUUUGGGUAACCUGUACGUCGACGUUGUAGCCCAGAAUGAUCGAUCACCUCCUGGAUUUUCUCAGCAGAUGAGCACGAGCACAGAAGAUGUCCUCAAAGGCAAUGCUAAGCUCCCUCCAAAUGCGGUUCGUUUAGAGACGGUUAAAGAUCUAUUUUCGCCAAACAAAGACACCAAGGGCGAAUUCCCGCUGACUAUUUUGGUGAUAGGACAGCCCGGUAUUGGAAAAUCAUCUUUGGCCGAAAAGGUAAUGGCAGAUUGGGCAAACGAAAUCGACGGUUAUUAUCGGGAUAAGAUAGUCUUUCUUAUCAAUUUCACCUUGUUUGUGGGGAAAAAGAAUGAAAAUUUUACCCUCAAGCAGUUUCUCCAGUUGGGAACGCGUCUGAGCAAUCGACUCUUCAGAGAUAGUUGA